AGGAAACUAAAUCAGCAUCCCAUACCUAUCCAUUGACUGAUACGUGUCACACAAUGUAUCCAACGAUCUAAAAAUCUAAAACAAAUCAUCUCUAUAAUAUAUACCCUAAUAGCACAAAAGAACCUUCACUUUUCUCUUCCACUCUUUAUUUACUAGUACUCUCUCUCUCUCUCUAUAUAUCACUUUACAUAAACCACUAUUCAACACAGAAACACACUUAACCAUGGCCUCUUCUUCCUCUCCACAAGCCUUCCUCUUGCUUGCAUUGUCUAUGGUUUUAGUUCCUUUCUCUUUAGCUCAAGCUCCCAUGAUGGCUCCUUCCGGCUCAAUGUCCAUGCCCCCAAUGCCUAGCGGCGGCGGUGGAAGCAUGAUCCCCCCUCCGGCUAUGACUCCACCACCCAUGCCUAUGAUGACUCCACCACCUAUGCCUAUGAUGACUCCACCACCUAUGCCUAUGAUGACUCCACCACCCAUGCCUAUGAUGACUCCACCACCCAUGUCCAUGACUCCACCACCCAUGCCUAUGAUGACUCCACCACCCAUGACCAUGACUCCACCACCAAUGCCUAUGGCUUCACCACCAAUGAUGUCAAUGGGCCCAAGCCCAAGCCCAUUAACAGUGCCUGGUAUGGCUUCCCCGCCGAUGCCAUCGGGAAUGGAAUCAGCAGCAUCUCCGGGACCCAUGCCACCGCCAAUGGCGGCCUCCCCUGAUUCUGGAGCUUUCAAUGUUAGAAACAACGUCGUAGCAGUGUCUUGCGUUGUUGGAGUUGUUGCAGCACAUCUUCUCCUCGUUUGAGAUCAUUAUUGAAUUGGUCAGCCUCGUUUUCGUGUACUUUACUUUCAAUAUUUUUUUUCCCCCUAGUGUUCAACAUUCUAUCAUAUUUGAGUUUGUAUUUUGAUAUGUACGAUUCAGACAUUUGUUUUGCAUUAUUUGCUUAAUAAGUUUAUCGUCAACUCUAGUUGAAGAGAGACUUUGUAUCAGUAUGUGAUGUAAAUUCAUAUCUUCUAUCUAUAUUGUCACGGACCAUUACAUUUCAUA